GGACCUCGGUAAAGAAAAAAAACGAGGUCAAAUCAUGUCAUGAUGUCAGUUAUCUUCAUGUCGGAAAGUAGGAGCUCUAGAAAGAGGCACGAUUUCCCGACUUGGAAUUCCGAGAUGAAAAAAAAUCUCAGUCGGAGCUCGUUUUUCCCUCCAUAUUUCCCAGUUUACUUGAACGCUCUGAAGUCAGAGAUUUCAGAGUUCCGUGUUUUUUCUCUCUCCAGUUUCUAGUUCCGACUACCACGUGAAAGUGGCAUUAUUCCUAGUUGAACAAUAGCUCGAUAAUAGGCUCAAUAACGCCAUUCACAAUUGAAUAUUUCUAUUGCAUUUCCUUCUGACAUUUUGAAAGAUUUUGUUGAUGAUUUUUAAAGUAGUUUGCGUCAGUUCAAUCUCGUAUUGGACUGGUGAAAAAAAGUGAACAGAAAGAAAGCCUAGGCAACUUUCACUUUCGCAGCAAAUAUAUAGCCAGCAGGACAUUGUUCCUCUGCGAUUAACCUCAGUUGGUUUCGAGAGGAUUUGUGGAUGAGUCGUUUAUAUUGACUAUUUCUGGGAGCUGUAGGCUAAUCAUCCUGUGAAAUCCUUUGACGAUGGAUUCCCCAAUGUGCCUGGUCGAAAACGCCGACGGUGAGCUUCAUGUAGUUCCUGGUGCCAUCAAGUACCUGAUGGGACUGAACCAGCAAGUCGUAGUGGUGGCGGUGGUCGGGCUGUACCGCACCGGCAAGUCCUACCUCAUGAACAAGCUGGCUGGAAAGAGACAAGGUUUUGCCCUUGGCGCCACCAUCCAAUCUAAGACUAAGGGAAUCUGGAUGUGGUGUGUGCCUCAUCCUGAAAAAAGAGACCACACCCUGGUGCUGCUGGAUACAGAGGGGCUGGGGGAUGUGGAGAAGGGAGAUUCUAAGAAUGAUGCCUGGAUCUUCUCCUUGGCCAUUCUGUUAAGCAGUACUCUGGUCUACAACAGUCGAGGGACCAUCGACAAUCAAGCCGUGGAGAACCUCCAAUAUGUGAGUGAGCUGACAGAGCGGAUCAAGGUGAAUUCUUCCAGUGCAGCUUCAUCCUCUCACGAUGACGAGGAAGGAGGGGACGCCCAGUUUGUGCAGUUCUUUCCAAAUUUCGUGUGGACCAUCAGAGAUUUCACUCUACUACUCGAGAUCGACGGUAGAAACGUCACUGAAGAUGAGUAUCUGGAGCAUUCCCUGGAACUCAGAAAAGGUGGGGGUAAAAAGAACCUGAUGUACAACCUCCCACGAGAGUGCAUCCGGAACUACUUCCCCUCGCGCAAGUGCUUUGCAUUCCCCACUCCUACAACUCCUGCCAACAUGCCCCAUCUGGAUUCCAUGGACGAGGCUGACCUCUGUGAAAGCUUCCGAAAGGUUGCAGAUACUUUCUGCCGCUUCAUUUUCCAGGAGAGCCGUACAAAAACUGUGAAAGGGGGCCACAAAGUAACCGGGAGAAUGCUCGGCCACUUGGUUAAAACCUAUGUGGAGACCAUAGCCAAAGGCUCUGUGCCCUGUCUGGAGAAUGCGGUGCUGGCCAUGGCUCAAAUUGAGAACCAGGCUGCUGUGGACGAGGGCCAGGUAGUAUACCAGAGGGGUAUGGAGGAGGUGAAGGCCUUAUUCCCUGUGGACAUGGGUCAGAUUUCAGAUCAUCACCUCCGCUCAGACCACCAGGCCACGCAGGCUUUCAUGAAACGAUCCUUCAAAGAUGAAAAUGGGGAUUUCUUGAAAGCGUUGGCGGUGGCCAUUGCAAAGCACUACGCUGACCUUCUCAUCCAGAAUGAGGAUGCCUCAGAGAAGAAGUGUGUGGCUCUUCAGGAGAAGCUGUCUGCUCCGAUGGCCCAGAAGAUUAAGGAGGGGAUCUAUGCCACACCUGGAGGAUAUGAGCUUUACUGCAGUCACCAUGACAACAUGGUGGCACAGUACCGGGCCGAGCCUGAUAAAGGAGUUAGGGCUGAGGAGAUUCUUGAGCAGUUCCUGAGGGAGAAGACUCUAGAGAAGAAUUCCAUCCUGCAAGCUGACAAAAAAUUGACAGAAAAUGAGAAAAAGAUCCACGAGGAGAAGGGGAGAUCAGCUGUGCUGGAGCAGGAGAAGAAGGCUGCUGAAGAGAAACGGUUGGAGAUGGAGCGCACCAUGGAGGACGAUCGCAGAAGCAAAGAUGAGAAGUUGAAGCAGAUGGAAGGGAAGAUGAAGGAGGAGAUGAAGCAACAGGAACGGGACUUCCACAGGGCCUUUGAGUGCAAGAUGCAGGAGCAGAAGGAUCUGCUGGAGAAGGGCCACAAGGAGAAGGCUGACUUAAUGAGACAGGAGAUAGAGGAGUUCAAGAAGAGCAACAAACCUGAGAAGGAAGGAGGUGGUUUCCUUGAGUCUACAGUCAUGCCUGUUCUUCGACUUGGAUUGGACGCUGCCAACACUUUCUUUCAAUAUAAGCUCAUGAGGGGAGCUUUUAUGAAGUAGAAACAUUGUGUAUUACUUGAGCAUGUACACAUUUGUUUGCUUUAUCUAGCAAUGUAAAGCGGAAAGUAAAGUUGAUAGCCAUGCUUAGUGUCAGUAUAAGCUUUAUAUGCAAGAGCAAUGUAUUAUUUUUCUCAUACAGUAUAUGUAUUUAUAGAUUUUGGUGAAAUUAUCACUGUACUGGUAUAGCGCUUAAAUCUAGAGGCUUUAAUGAAAACAUUUCUAGACUAUAACUAAGACUUUUCUUUAAUCAUAAUAUAUACUGAACAAAAAUAUAAAAGCAACAAUUUCAAAGAUUUUACUGAAUUACAUCCAGAUGGGGCAUGAAAUCAAUCAACUGAAAUAAAUUCAUUAUCCCUAAUCUAUGGAUUUAACAGGACUGGGAAUGCAGAUAUGCAUCUGUUGGUCACAGAUACCUUAAAAAGAGUAAGGUGUAGACCAGAAAACCAGUCAGUAUCUGGU